AUGGAUGCUUCUUUUAAUGAAUUUUCUACCGCAUUAGCACAAAAUAAAACGCGUAUCCAUAUCUGGCGCCAUGAAAAUAAUGUGUUAACAGAGUCAUCUGAUCUAGGUUCUUUUUAUACUCAAUCAAUAUAUCUCGUUUUACACGUGAUUUAUCAUUUUGAUACCCCACCAUCAAAUUACAUAUAUUUAUGGUGUGGGGCGUUCUCAAAUCCUGAUGAUGAAGUGUAUGUUAACGAAAGAAUACAAGUUUUAUUCAAUUUAUUAAAAAAUUCUGCAUCAAUCCAUCAUGAAUAUGAAGGUUUUGAAUGCAAACAGUUCUUACAAAUAUUUGCACCAUAUGGUGGAGUAAGACAUUUAACACCUGGAUUAGAAUUCAUAACAAACAGAGGAUUUACAACACUUUAUAACUUUAAAAUGACCCCAUAUCCUCAUUGGAAUGAAAUUGCAGCAUGUGUAUCUUCUUUAAAGACAUCAGACGUCAAUAUUAUGAGAACUCGAGCUACAUGCACUCUCUGGUUUGGAUUUGAGAGUGAUUAUCAAUCCAGACUACGUGCAGCCGAACUUACAGGCUCGUUUAAAUUUGCAGUCGGCCGCGAUGACGUUCCAAAAAUUGUUUAUCAAGGAAAUGAUGACAGAGAGUUUAUUAGAGCACUCUCUACAUCACCGAUAGAUGAGCCAAAAAGAGCCGAAAUUAAGCCGGAUUCUCCAGAUCGAAGAGAAAUUUAUCAAGUCAUUUCCAAUGGCGAUCAAAUCGAUUUCCAGCUUGUUGCCUUUAAGAAUGAAGCAACAAUGUCCCUUUGCAAGAAUGAUAAUGCUUAUAUUUUAAGAGAUUGCGAUAAUAUUUACAUUUGGUUCGGUAAAAACCAACCAAUGGAUUCAAUGGGUAUUGGCUUGGUCAUUGCCAUUGUUUUUAUGCAAAGAAUGACUAUCUCAAGAAAUAUGCAUAUUCAAGUUGUCCAUAGUGGUGAAAAAUUCUCUGAUAAAUGGUCUGUUUGA